AUGAAGGAAUUCAUGAACUCCGGAUAACUCGAGCACGAAGCCUUCCUCAUAUGGUUGUCAAGAUUCGUUUUUCCAACUAAGCAUGAAAUUAUUCGCAAAAAUGUUUUUCCUACCGCAAUUCAGCUAGCGAGAGGCAUUCGAAUUGCACUAGCACCAGCAGUCCUUGCCAGUAUUUACAGAGAUCUAGGCCUCCUGAAAGAGAGAAUUGUUAAUUCCAGCAAACCUGGUAGUUCUGAGGAUGAAAACUUGAUGAUUUUAUCACCAUUUCAGUGUGUACAGAUUUGGGCUUGGGAGAGAAUUAUUGAGUUGCAGCCAUUGCCUAAUUCAUUAAAGCCUGGAGAACCAAGAUUAGCUCAAUGGCACCAGAAAGGUUUAGCACCUGGAUUGGAUGAUAUCAGAUCAGUCCUGGACUCUGCCAGAGAAAAUUUUCGCUGGCGACCUUACACAAAACCUCUAAAAAAUUUGAGUCUGCCUAAAUUUUAUGUCGAAAAAGACUCAUGGGUAUCAAUUGAUCCGUCUUCAGACAGGGGUGUUGUGUCACUUGCUAGGUGCCUGAGAGUCUCCAGGCUCAUCGGAUUUGGAUGUCUGCAACCUUAUUUUCCACACCGUGUAUCAUUACAAUUUGGAUAUGAUCAGGAUCUUCCUGGAAUUGUUCCUGAAUCAAUUCAGACUCCAGAAACAGCCUGGAAAGAUUAUGCCAAGCCAAUUACAGUUGGAUUCUUGUAUGUCCCAUCUCGAUAUUCCGAAGCAGAUUUUACAGUCAGAUACCUCAAGUGGUGGAGGCAAUCAGUCUUGACUCUCCAAGCUGAAAACAAGCAGGAUUCUCAGCAGCAAUCUACAAGAACCAAAACUAGCAAGGCGGUUAAAUUUGCACCAACCAAAAAGGAUCCCAGAAAUCGAUCCAGACCAAUCAAGGGAUAUCAAGAAACCAGCGAAGGUAAAUUAAAUAGAGCUGCCAAAUCUUUGUCCAGUUCUAGAACAAUGACAAAGAGGACAAGAGCAGGACAUGAUCAAAAUGGCAGUCCUGCAAGUCCUAGUUCUUCCGAAGGCGAAUCAAAACAGUUAAAGGAAAUGCUGGCAGAGACAAAUCCGAUCCAAGGAAUAUUACUCCGAGCAAAGGGAGAAAGGACUUCCAGGGGUUAUAAAAUGAUAUCAAAGAGUUCAGAUAGAACAAAGGAUGGUACAGGACACAAGAGUAACAAAACACAUAUGAAAAGUUCAAGAGAAACGAAGAGUUAUCCUGAUUUGCCUGAGAAGAUCCUAAAAGUCCAGUCCCAGACUCUAAAAGGAGAGAAGAUGAAUGGUAUUUACUUUUCACUUCCUGCUUGA